AUGGAUGGUUUUGAACAGCGAUGUGCUCCUCCACUCAUCUCUGUCAUGGUCCAGCUGAUCUGCAAUGCCAUCCAGAAGUGUUUUUCCAUUUUUCUCUACUAUUGGGAACAAUUUAUUCCUACAUGCAUAUUUUCCAAUAUCUUUGUAUUUCUGUGCAGAUCAAACCCUUCUCCAAAGAAAAUGGUAAGGAUUUCUCAUAAUAUUCAGAGUAUAUUUCCUUACUGUCUUUUUUCAGUCACACUAAUAAUAAUAUCUCUUUUACCCUUAGAUUUAGAUGCCAGCAAGCAAAGGAAAGAUAUUUUAGAAAUCAAUUUAGCUGCUGGUCUGGACCUCUUUGAAGGAGACAUCUUAUUACCAGAAAACCGAAAUGGACUGAGAGAUCCAACAACAAGAUGGAAAUUCCCAAUUCCUUAUAUUCUGGCUGAUAAUCUGGGACUGAAUGCUAAAGGAGUCAUUCUUUAUGCCUUUGAAAUGUUCCGUCUCAAGUCCUGUGUGGAUUUCAAGCCUUACCAAGGAGAAGACACUUACAUCAUAUUUCAGGAAUUUGAUGGGUGCUGGUCUAUGGUUGGAGAUCAACACACGGGGCAGAAUCUUUCCAUUGGUUCAGGCUGUGACUACAAGGCUAUUGUUGAGCAUGAACUACUGCAUGCAUUGGGAUUUUAUCAUGAGCAGUCAAGGUCGGACCGGGAUGAUUAUGUGAACAUUUGGUGGGAUGAAGUUAUUCCAGGCUUUGAGCACAACUUUGUUACCUACAACGACAGCUACAUAACUGACCUCAAUACUCCCUAUGACUAUGAAUCUCUGAUGCAUUAUGCUCCAUUCUCUUUUAAUAAAAAUGAAAGCGUACCCACCGUCACGGCCAAAAUCCCUGCAUUUGACGACAUCAUCGGGCAGCGACUUGAUUUCAGCACCAUUGACUUAGAGAGGCUUAAUCGCAUGUACAAUUGCACGGCAACUCAUACCCUUUUGGACUAUUGCACGUUUGAGAAACAAAACAUCUGUGGCAUGAUUCAGGGAACUAGAGAUGAUGCUGAUUGGAUUCAUGAGAGAGGGGAUGGUCCUGGAAAAGAAGAUCAUACUCUGGUUGGACGAUGCAAAGAGGCAGGCUACUUCAUGUACUUCAAUACCAGUUCUGGGCAGACAGAAGAAGCUGCUCUUCUGGAGUCAAGGAUUCUUUAUCCCAAGAGGAAGCAGCAGUGCCUCCAGUUUUACUACAAGAUGACAGGAAGCCCCUUAGACAGACUCGUUGUCUGGGUCAAGAGGGAUGACAGCACUGGCAAUGUCCGCAAGUUGGUCAAGAUACAGACAUUCCAAGGUGAUAAUGAAUAUGGCUGGAAAAUUGGUCAUGUGACCCUCAGAGAGGAAGUUAAGUUCCGCUAUCUCUUCCAAGGCACAAAGGGAGAUCCCCAGAACUCUGCUGGGGGUAUUUUCCUGGAUGACAUCACUCUGACUGAAACACCAUGCCCCAGAGGUGUCUGGAUGGUUCGGAAUUUUUCUCAUCUCCUUCAGACCACAGUGAAAGGAGAUAUGGUCUUUAGCCCUCGAUUCUACAGCUCAGAGGGAUAUGGUUAUGGAGUGACCUUAUACCCCCAUGGCAGAAAUGGUACCAGCCGCUCUGGCUAUGUUGGACUUACUUUUCAACUCUACAGUGGGGAAAAUGAUGCUAUCUUGGAAUGGCCAGUGGAAAAUAGGCAGGCCAUCAUGACAAUUGUUGAUAAUGAUCCUGAUCCUAAGAAGACAAUGUCAUCAAGCAUGGUGUUCACCACCUCUAAGGACCAUGUAUCUCCAGACAUAAAUAAUUCUAACAUUUGGGACAGACCGUCCGUUGUGGGGAAAUAUGAGCAGAGCUGUAACUGCUACAGAGGUAUCUCUUGGGGCUGGAGCGCCAUCAUUUCUCAUGUGCAGCUACAAAAGCGGAAUUUCAUUAAAGAUGACACACUUGUUAUUUUUGUGGAUUUUGAAGAUAUCACCCACCUUAAUCAGACUGAAGUUCCUGUCACCAGCACGAGACAGAGCUCCUCAGGUCUGAUUCUCCAAAGCCAAGGACUUCAAACAUCCGAGGAAGAUUCCCAGACAGAGACAUUAGAAGACCAGCCUAGCAGCCUACACAGGCAAACACGUUCUAUAGAGAACACGGGGCCGUUGGAGGAUCACAACUGGCCGCAGUACUUCAGAGACCCUUGUGAACCAAAUCCUUGUCAGAAUGAAGGCAUUUGUGUGAACGUGAAAGGAAUGGCAAGCUGCAGGUGUGUCUCUGGUCAUGCCUUCUUUUACACUGGAGAACGAUGUCAGGCUAUGCAGGUUCAUGGAAGUAUCCUGGGAAUGAUGAUUGGAGGAGUUGCUGGGACUAUUGUGUUGAGUAUUGUCAUCAUCUCCAUGAUGUCCAAAAGGAUGUCACUUUUUCAAUUUGUAGCUUCUUGAUGAUGCUAGUGACUAGAGCGGGCGACCUCAUGCUGCAGAUCUCCACUAAGUGGCAGUAGAGCUAUGGAUACCCAGGCAAGGUUGGAGGAGCGACCCGGGGAAAUGAAUUCUGAGCUGGGGCAGAAUGUCACUCGCUCGCGCACUCACUCCUGCAGCUGGAGACAAAUGCUUGAGUUUCUUCCCAUCGCAACAACCAUCUGGGAUCUAGGAAAAAUUUGGUGUUCCCGAGAAGCAAGCCUAAAAGGUCAGGAAAAGAUGCUACAAAUUAUCUGCAUUAAGUAAAUACCUUCCCAUCAGUAUCCGACUGGAAUCGUGGGUGUGAGGAACUAACUCCUCAUAAGGAAAUAAUCAAAAGCAUUCACACAUUUUGCCAUUUAGUGACAGAAUCAGACUUUUUCUUUGUAAAAAGAUCAAUUCCUUAGUUCCUUUGUGCCUAUU